AUGGCGGCCAAGCUACGACUACCUGCGCUGGUCCUCCUGGCCACCGCCCUCGUGACCUUCUUCUGCUUCCAUGGCGUCGCGGCAGCCUCGACGUCGCCGCCGCUCAACGCCAGUAGCAGCGGCGGCGGCGGCUUCAGCCUACGGCUCGUCUCCAACAACAGCCACCACAGGUACACCGACUUGGACAGCCUGCAGCGCGCCAAGCAGGAGGUCAGAUGCCGGAUUGCGCACCGCUUCGCCGGCGCCGACAUCACCGCCGCCAGCAUACGGACGUACCUCUGCCCGCCGGCGUCCAUGGUGUACGCCGUCGCAGUGGGCGUGGGCACGGAGCACGGGUACGAGAACUACGAGCUGGAGAUGGACAUGGCCGCCGGCUUCUCCUGGAUGCAGUGCGCGCCGUGCCACCCGUGCCUGCCGCAGCUCAACCCGGUGUUCGACCCGGCCAAGUCCCCGACCUUCCGCCCCGUCAGCGGCCACAACGCCGUCCUCUGCCGGCCGCCGUACCACCCGCUGCAGGACGGGCGGUGCGGCUUCGGAAUCGCCUACCGGAACGGCGCGUCGGCGGCGGGGUACCUCGCCAGGGACACCUUCUCCUUCCCCACCGGCGACAACAACUUCCAGCAUCUCCCCGGCAUCGUCUUCGGGUGCGCGAACCGGAUCGCGCGCUUCGACACCCACGGCGCGCUCGCCGGCGUCCUCGGCAUGGGGAUGGGCGCCGAGGGGAAGCCAUUGACGGGCUUCAUGCGGCAGCUCUACCACAACGGCGGCGGUCGCUUCUCCUACUGCCCGAUCGUGCCGGGGACGACCGCCUACAGCUUCCUCCGGUUCGGCAACGACAUCCCCAGCCAGCCGCCGGCGGGCGUGCACCGCCAGAGCAUGGCCGUGCUCGCGCCGACCACGACCAGCGAGGCGUACUACGUCAAGCUCGCCGGCAUCAGCGUCGGCGCGCUCCGGGUGCCCGGCGUCACGCCGGAGAUGUUCGAGCGCGACCAGCACGGGCGCGGCGGGUGCGCCAUCGACAUCGGCACCAAGAUGACGGCGAUCGUGCAGACGGCGUACGCCCACGUCGAGGCGGCGGUGCGGGGCCACCUGCAGAGGAACAGGGCCCGGUUCGUGCAGAGCCCCGGCCACCACCUGUGCGUCCACCGCACGCCGGCGAUCGAGGAGCGGCUCCCGAGCAUGACGCUGCACUUCGUCGGCGGCCCCUGGCUGCGCGUCAAGCCGCAGCAUUUGUUCUUGGUUGUCGGGUCGCCCACCGGCGGCGGCGAGUACCUCUGCCUCGGCUUGGUCCCGGACGCCGAGAUGACGGUGAUCGGCGCGAUGCAGCAGAUCGACACGCGCUUCAUCUUCGACCUCCAUAAUAACAUACCCAUUGUGAGCUUUAAUCCGGAGGACUGCCACCUUGAUGCCGGUACCCAUUGA